AUGGAACUUUGGGUUCCAAUUGCCGCCACCCGAUCAGAAAGUGACAAUUGGUUAGCAGCUAAACCAUCACUGCGGUCGCUUAUGACAAAGUUGUUGUCUCCUCAAGCGGUUCAUAUCGUCGCGGAAUGGAUGACGAAUAAAUAUGGUCUGGUUCUGAAGGUGGAUUCUGAGACAGGCAAAGUGGUGGAGUCUCUCCAUGAUCAGACGGGACGCGUUUCCGAUGUGUCGAUGGCGAUCGAAGACGGUGAUGGAAAUCUGCUCCUAGGGAGCGACUCGAACUACUACCUAGCCAGGCUUAAACUCUGA